AAAUGUAUUUUUUGUCGAAACUAAAUUCUGAAUUUGUUGUACAAAAUGGCAAAGCGAACCAAUGACUCCUUCUCUGCGCAACGGCAUUCGCAUGCGAGAGCUACUCAGAGCAUGACGCCGCCAGCGCAAGCGCUGGACAUCAAUCGGAUAAUCAGGGAUAUUGUCAACUGCGAGAAUCCUGCACAGGGGGCCAAUCUGACGGAGAAUCAGAUACGUUUCGUGUGCAUGGAGGCCAGGCCCAUAUUUCUGAGGGAGCGAUCGCUCUUGGAGAUCCGGCCGCCAGUGAAGAUCUGUGGGGAUGUGCACGGACAGUUUGUUGAUCUGCUGAGGAUCUUGCAUUCGGGCGGCUAUCCGCCGGCCUCCAGAUAUCUGUUUCUGGGCGAUUACGUGGACCGUGGCAAGCUGUCCAUUGAGACGUUCACACUGCUGCUGGCCUACAAGGUGCGCUACCCGCACGUGAUGUGGCUGCUGCGCGGCAACCACGAGUGCGCCAGCAUCAAUCGCAUCUACGGCUUCUACGACGAGUGCAAGCGUCGGUACUCGAUAAAGCUCUGGCGCUACUUUGUGGACACCUACGACUGCAUGCCGCUGGCAGCAUUGGUGGGCGGGCGCAUCUUUUGCGUGCACGGCGGGCUCAGUCCCAGCCUGAGGAGCUUCGACGACAUAUUGGCCAUCAAGCGACCCUGCGACAUACCCGAACAGGGUCUGAUCUGUGAUCUGCUGUGGAGCGAUCCCGACGACAAGGUGAUGGGCUGGGGCGGCAACGAUCGCGGCGUUAGCGUCACCUUCGGCGCCGAUGUGGUGCGCAAUUUCUGCUUUCGCAUGGGCGUCGAUGUCAUCUGUCGCGCCCAUCAGGUUGUCGAGGAUGGCUACGAGUUCUUCGCACGCCGCCAACUGGUCACCAUCUUCUCCGCCCCGAACUAUUGCGGCAUGUUCGACAAUGCCGGCGCCGUGAUGGUUGUCAAUGACGAUCUCAUUGUCAGCUUCAUCAUACUGCGGCCCACGUAUGCGGUACGCAACAUGGUCGGCGCUGAGCACAUGACUGCCACGGGCAAGAACCGAAACUAUUAGCAUCAGCUUGGAGAGAGA